CGUAUCGGUUAUCCAAAAUCCAAAUAAAUCGGGCAUCGGCCAUCAUGAUUAUUUCGCGGCGAUAUGUGUGUGGUUGUGAAUGGUGAUUGUAUAAUGUAAAUGUAUAUAUUUAUGAACGCGCGAGCGUGCUGUAUGUUUGGUUCAUAUUCAUUAGUUCUACUCUUGGUCAAAAAUCUAGGAAAAUUUGACUUCACAAUUUUCGCGGUUAACGCAAACCAAUAAUCCAUUCGACCUUAGACGUCUGGUUCGCGACAAGUCCAGUUUUGUCGUGAAUAAGAUAAACGGUGGGCAAUUACCGUGUGGACAUGGAUGACAAAAUCGAACUCAAAACCGAGCAUUCGUUGCCGGCCAAGACUGAACCAACAGACGACGAGACACUGUGUCUAACAAACAAUGGAAUAGUAUUGAACUGCGAACAGUUGUCAGUCAACUCGGUCAGUGAAUUUAAUAACAUCAAUCAUUCUGAUAUACAGCAGCCCGCCAAAGACAAGAUAGUCACCAGCUCUCAGUAUCUCACUGCCCAAACUGCCGGUACAGACGUCAGUGAAAGGUCAUGGGAUUCUCAUAUCAUUACUCCUCCUACAUUGUUUCAAACAAGUUCUGAAAUUGUUUUACACGGCCCUCUCAAAGAAGUCCACGGUUCAACAUCUGAAGGCACUGCAAUUGAUUCUGAUAGAGAAAUCCAACUACUUACAGAAGAUAAGGAAAAAUCUGUUGACAAUUUAUAUCCUGAAUAUGAUUACAUAUUUUGUAUUGCAGCUAUAAGUAGGACAACACCAAAUAGUUCUAAACUGCUUGCGAUAUCAAAAAUUGAUUCAAACAUAAAAGUUGAUAUAAAGUCUGAUGUAUCCUCUCUUAAUGGUUAUGCUGCUGAUCAUUCUAGCUCGUCAAACUCAACUUGUGGUCAUUUAAUUGAAGAACCAUUUUUGGUACCAAAAGCUCCACGAGAUUCAUUUAUGUCAUCUUCAACAUCAUCAUUUAGUGGUUCAUCAACUGGAAUACUUUUACAGCCAUCAAAAUCUAAACAUAACAAUAUUUUACUAUCAAAAAAUGUAUACACUUAUCCAGAAAAUUUAGCUUGUCACAAGUGUGACCAUGUAUAUCCACGGGUAACAGAAAAUUGUAUGGCUAGUAAUAUGGACAAUAAUGACAUCAAAAGUGAACCAGAAACUAAAACUCGUGCGGGAAAAUCGAGACAAAAAAAAAGACCAAAACAGAUAAAUGAUAAAAGUUCAAAAAAAAUUUCAAAAAAAACAAAACAAAAUUCUGAAAAUGUUUUCAAUGAGAAAAAUAAUAUUAAAAUAGAGGAACCUAAAUGUUAUGAUAUGCCAAUCGAUUCUGUUGAAUAUCCAACCAAUGAAAAAAAUCCAACAAAUAAUGAAAUUCCAACAAAUGAUGACAUUCCAUCAAAUGAUCCUAUUACAUUCAAAACUGGUGAUAAAAUAUUUGCAUAUUGGACGGCGGAUAAAAUGUUUUACCCAGCUAUUAUCAUUGAUAUAGUAGCCCCGAAAUUUAAAGUAGAAUUUUUAUCCGACUACUAUAUAAAACUAUUGAAUUCUGAUUGUCUUGUUCAUAGUACAGCUCUAAAAAUUGGAACUCUUGUCGCUAUAUUUGAUACUGUUUCCCAAGAAUAUAGAGUUGGUGAAAUUGUUACUAUUAAUGAAGUACCCAAUGGCGAAAAAACAUAUACAGUGGAUUUGAAUUCAGAGGAGGUGGUUGUUCCUUUUGAAAAACUAGUGUUGGAUAUGGAUAAAGCAAAAAACUUGCAAGACAAAAUUGUAUUAAAAAAUUAUCAUAGACUUAGCAUGUCUAAUGUGUCUGAAGGAAAAAGACUUCGCUUAUCCCGAUCAACUAGUACAAAAUGUAAAACUACAAAAAAUGAAUCCAGUAAACGUAAAAAAACUAAACAAAAUGCUCCAGAAACCAAUAAAAAAAAACGAAAAUGUUUAUUUCCUGAAGUACCUGAUCCCAGGUACAUUCCUAGUACUAGCACAGGAAUUACUGCAGGAGAUGAUUAUGAUGAAGGUAUCUUCCAAGCUGCUUCUUCAGAUUCAGACUUUGAUCACGUUAGAGAAGAUUUAACCAAUGUUAACUUAGCUCAAUUAAAAAACUCAGACAUUGAUAGCGAGCAUUCAUCUCCUGACAAAAUUAGCAGUGCAGUUGUGUCUCCCUCCGCUAAAUCCAUAAAACUAUUUGAGAAUUUACAUUUUAUUGUCUCUUAUUCUAAAUAUAAACGGAUACCAAUGACCAAUGACAGUGAUGGCACUGAUAGUGAAAUCAACCAACAUUCACGUUAUUUUAAACCAGAUAAAAUCCAUAAAAAGUAUCUAGAAUCCCUAAUAUAUAAACAUGGUGGUGCGUGUCAUAGGUAUUUGAAUGUAUUACCAAAGUCCUGUUACAAGAGUUCAUACAUUAUUACCGAUACUCCUUCACAAACUUGUAAUUUUUUAUUGGGUUUGAGUCUUGGUAUACCAGCUUACCAUCAUAGAUGUAUUGAACAUGCCAUUUCUCAAAAAUUGUCAUUCCCCGAGUUCUUAAUAAAGAAUGAUAUUAAACCUAUACCAAACGGUUGGUCCGUGGAAAAGAAAGAAAUUAUCUUCCGUUCACCUGAAACUAUACACUCGAACAUAUUUUCUGACUAUGUUGUUUAUGUAGCUUUAUCAGAUGAAUCCAAGAAUAGUUUUUUUUCCAGUUUGUUAAAAUUUUCUGGUGCCAUAGUGUACACUAUAACAAAAAAAGGAGCUGUAAGUCUGCCAUUAAUACGCCACAUGACAGUCAUUGUGACCGACGACCAAUGUCCAAGCUCAAUCAUGAAUGAAAAAAUUCCCAAGUUAUCUACUUUAUGGAUAGUUCAAAGUUUACUAUGCGAAUCUCCUCGUCCUAUUGAUGGCCACGAGAGUUAUAUCGCAAUAAGCGAUGAAUGCGAAUAAACUUAAAUCUAACAAUUAACAAUAAUUGACGAUAAGAUUUUAUGUUUUAAGAUUAUCUGAAUGUUUAUAAAUUAUUUCCAAACACUAUAUUUAUUUUUUGGUAUGUUGAAAAAAAUAACAUCAAUAUUUAAUUUCAAAAUAUGUUUUUGCACUAUAUAUUAUUAAUGUAUUAUGAUUUCUUUAAUGUUACAUGUGUAGCAUAAUAUUAUUAAUCGGAUGUCUGCACACAAUAUUAAACGUCCCGAUAACUUGGCAUGUUAUAAUUAUUAAUUAUUCAUGUGCUGUUCGUUGUUACUAGAUUUUUUUUUUUUUUUACUCUUAUUAAAUCAUAACUAUCAUAUGUAUUUAUUUGAAAGUGAAACAUGUAAAAAUGCUGAAUGUUUGUGGUAAAUUAUGAUUUAAAUAUUGUAAUAUUGAGUCUCAACGCAUUAGCAACAUUUACACUAUGACUACGAUUUAUAUAUAUAUUUUUUUCCAAACAUUUUUACUUUUGUCAUUGUAUGUAAUAUGGUACGUUUAGCAAGUAAUUUUAACUGGUUAUAGAAAUAAAUGUACCUGAAAAUACCA